AACGUUUUGAGAUAAGAAUAGAAGAAUUGGAUAUAUAUAUAUAUAUAUAUAUACACAUAGAGGAUGGAAUGCCAUGUAUACUUGUGAACUUUUAACAACUCAAAGGGUCAACAAUCAACACAGCUCUUCUACCGGAGAAAAUUUGAAUUAUUAUCAGCAGAGAAAAAACAAUGGAGAAUCAAAAUUAUGCACCGGCCCAUUCAGACCCGUCGCGGCCUUCACUUGGGUUCCCUCUGGGAACUGCGCUUCUAUUGCUAAUAAUAUUCAGCUUGAGUGGUAUCUUCUCUUGCUGCUACCAUUGGGACAAGCUUCGAUCUCUCCGUCGAUCCUUCGCCAACAGAACAGAUCUCGAAGCCGGCGGAGACCCUUCAUAUUUGAAAUCUAAACGAGCAUACAUGAAUUGUAAGCAAAACCAAAUAUCAGACAUGCCAGCAGUGUUAAUGCCUGGAGAUCAAGUACCCAAGUUUAUAGCAUUGCCAUGUCCAUGUCAGCCUCCUCGACCAGACAAGGUACUUGCAGAGGUUCAGCAGCAGCCGUCAUCUCCAAUGAAGCCACCUCCUCAUACACCAGUACGGGCAGUGGCAGAGGCAGAGGAUGUAACUUUCACUCAAAUUCGUAGUACUUUUUACUUGUAAAUAUAAAUUAAAUUUAAAUCAGCAAUUUUCUAGUACAUUUUUACUCUUUUUGAGACUUGGAUGUGGUACAUAAAAAAUCUUUUAUGGUGAUUGUAGUAAACAGUGAAGUGUGUGCAAACAAAAUUUUAUAUUUGUAUCUAUAAAGAAAAUAAUUUGCAAGGAUAUUUUUGAAAGUAUAAGGCUUUUUGACA